CCUCAAAUGUAAAAACCAUUGUAUAAAAUGGAAAGGAAUUUAUUAUAACCAUCUAAGGUAACUUGUGUCAUAUAUAAACACAAAAUUUUCUUAGCGUUUCAUGAUCUGAAAGACUUAAACAAUUUAUAUUUUGACCAAACCAAAAUAAAUAAACUCCUACGCCUUCGAUGUCUUGUGAAAGUUCUGGUUUUCAUUCGAGGAAGUAACUAGAGACUUGUAGCAUUGAUUGCUGAGGAAAAACUUGAUCACUAGCUGGCGCCAUGUAGUUGAAAACGGUGAAAAAAUCCCGUAUAUUCAUGACGUCAAACUUGGUGUUCAUCGUUGUCCCGAUUGUUUUGGCUAUAAUUAUUUUCACAUUUUUGGCCUUUCUCCUGUACAAAAAAUUAUCAGAAUCAUAAAUGUCCCUCGAUUGUCAUCACAUCUCACGAUAGUCAUACAACAAAUACAAAACAUCCUUGGAGGAAGUGAUAGCGACAAAAGAUUUCUUUUCAGUAGCAAAAACUUCAAAAAGUUACGAGCUUUUGGUAUCCUAUGCACGAACUUGAACCUUUUCUUACAUCGACCACAAAUGAAUUUCAACAAGACGUUCUUCCGAAACACACUGGUGAUGUGGUAAAAGGUCGAUUAAAGUUUUCAUUCAGUUACGAAUACAACAAUGAAAUGGAAAAGUCAAUGUUGGUGGUCAAAUUACAUCAUGGUCGUGAUUAUUUGAAUGGAAAUGACUUACCAAUGGACUCUUUUGUCAAAACUCGUCUUCUUCCAAGUAAUACACAAGUUUUCACUUCCAAACUGCGACGGCAAACUUUGAAUCCUAACUACAAUGAGAUUUAUGAAUUUGAUGUUGAAUACUCAAUGUUAAGUUUGCAAGCUCUUUGUUUUGAAGUUUACAGAUACGAGUGUCUUAACAGUCAAAAAAUUUUCGGUGAAGUGAUUGUACCAUUCAAGGAACUGGGCUCUAGUGGGACUAGUAAUGUUAUCAAAGAAAUUUCAAUGUCUGUUAAUAUAACUGAUUCGGAAAGCCUUUUACCUAAGAAGAACAGUUUAUCUUGGGAUAACAACUUCAUACAAAGGUAGAAAGAAACUAAAGAAGAUGUUUAAGUAACAAAAUAUUCAUGAAAACAUUUUUAACAUUUAUACUUUCAAAAGGUUGCAGCCAUUAUAUUAAAUAAUUUACACAUCUGUAAUAUACACAUGUCUUUCGUCUGCACUUUUUAUAAAUUAGGUAGAAAAUAAAAAAAUGUAAAUAUCAUUAUUUAUAAUGUACCUCUCUAUAUUUAUAAGUUAUUGAUUUCUAUUUCGACUUAUUGAGGUGACACAAAGGAGGUUCAAUGUGAUUUUUUGAAAAAAAUUUUCAUGUAACAUCAAAUGUAGCUAAGUAUUAUGAAAAAAUAUCAUAUCAACAGAUGGUCGCAUUUUGAUAAAGUAGUCAUAACCUCAUUAAAUGAAGAUUUUUACGAAGUA